CACUCGACUACAGAGCAAAGUCGAAAACUACUGUACUUAUCAAGUCUAAUUCGAAGUAGAUAGCUUAGUUUCACUACUGUUUAUUUUGGAAUGGCGAGGAUGAUCGGACCUUUGGAAGUUGUACCGGCAAUUCAUGUUUUCCCGGUGAGGGUCUCAGCUUCGCCUUCUUUGGGGACAAUAUACGAGGAAAAAGAUGAAGAAAAACUCAUACAACAACAUGAGAUCGAGACUCGAGAGUUGUUGUAGAUUUUGUAUUUUUGUUGUUUAUUCCAUUUUUGUGUUGUUUAUUCCAUUUUUGUGAAAUUCACAGUCACCAAUGUAUCUUGAUAAUAUGUUUGGAUGUUUUCAGAAUCCAGACUCCUUUUUCACUGACGUUAUAUAUAUAUAGUCAUGAAAUAAAGAUUUAAGAUCAUCAAAAAAUUGUCAAGAUGAUAUAAGAUCACCUUUUUACGUUAUAUGAACUUUGUAUAUAUAUAGUCUCACAACCUGGGAUUUAAGAUAUAUCAUCAUACCUAAAUUUCAUAAUUAAAAUAUUUGCUGUUGAUUAUUAGUGUACGUUCUACAAUCGAGACAUUUUACCAAAAAAAUGUUAGGAAUAAUUCUGAAAGAAAAAGAAGCAAAUAUUGACUAAUAAUGACCCGAUGAUGUAAUCCAUUCCACACACGCAAGUUAGCUUUUUUUAAGCCUUUAACCGAUGUUUUCCACUAAACCACACAAAUUAACAUAAGCCUAACAAUUAGUAUUAGUAGGUCGAGAAUAACUUUCCGUCUAUCAUAGACUUUGAAGACCUUUAUGCGAGAUUAUUACACAUAGAUUAGUGGUCCUAACUAAAUCAAUUAUUUUAGUACUAUUUUUUUUUAUUAAGGACAAAGACGUUUACUUGAUUAUAGCUUAAAUAAUGACGCCACAGCAUUGACUUGUUCCUAGUUUGACUCCGAUUCAUCUCAAAAAUCCUCCAAAAUUUCCAAUCAAUCGAUCAAAGAAAAAUCAACCAUGGGGAACAUCUUCUGCUGCUGCUGCCGCAUCAGAGACGGUGGAAAAAAACACAAAGUCCCCGCGACGACGCCGCCUCCUUACAUCGAGUACCAGAAGCCCGCCACGAUCCGCAACGAAGUUAAUCUGAGGAAGGAGACUCUGAGGCUCCGACCCGACCCGGAGAACCCGGGUCAACUCCUCGUCUCCUUCUCGUUCGAUGCAACCGUCCCCGGAAGGAUCACACUCGUUUUCUUUGCGGAAGAAGACUCACAGUUCAAUCUCACAGCGACGAAGGGAGAUACUUUACCAUUAAUCACUUUUGAUUUCGAAAAGGGAGGACUUGGCCACAAGUACGUACAGCCGUCUGGAACUGGUGUGGACUUGUCGUUAUUUGAAGAUUCAGAGCUGUUCAAGGAGGAGGUUGGAACUUGUACCUAUCCGCUGGCGGUUAAGAUGGAGGCAGCAGCUCCUGAAGAAGGAAAGUCUAGGAAUGCGCAGAUUACUCAAGUGACCUUUGUGAAGGAGAAAGGUGAGGUUAAGAUAAGAGUGGUGAAGCAGUUGCUAUGGGUGAAUGGGGCCAGAUAUGAGCUGCAGGAUAUCUAUGGAACUGACCAGGGAAAAGAAUGCGUUGUGUGCUUGUCUGAAGCGCGCGAUACGAUUGUUCUCCCCUGCAGACACAUGUGUAUGUGUAGCGGAUGUGCUAAGGCGUUAAGGUUUCAGAAAAAUGAGUGUCCAGUGUGCAGACAACCUGCAGAGAGGCUUGUGGAGCUCGAGGGAAACGGUUACAGCAAUGAAGAUAAACAUAUUUAGUUAAGCAAUCAACUUUGUGUAAUAUAAUAGCUGUAUUUGAUUUGUAAUAAUAUUGAAUGUUAUAAUCGUAAUAUUAUUAUGUUUACCCAAUC